AGAAUCUGAUAUUUCAAGGCAGAAUUAACUUGACAUGACCAUGAAUUCAUUCCCUCUUUUUCAGCAAGCCCUGGUCUUGUAUGCUUUACAGUAUCAGUAACAGCCCAGGGUAGUGCACAAAACAUACAGGUUUCUCUGCACUGAAAGAGGCAGAUUUUUUCCUGAAUGGAAAAGAUAGUGCACACAGAAGCAGUUGCAGGUUAUCGUGAAUAUAGAAAAUGGAGCAAGCUCAUGUUGUAGAGAGGAAGAUGGGGAUGACCAGAAGGACAUUUUUGAUGGAGUUGGCAAGAAGCAAAGGUUUCAGAGUAGAAAGUGAAUUAAGUGACUCUGUCACUCAUAUUGUGGCUGAGAACAACUCAUACCCAGAGGUGCUGGACUGGCUGAAAGGACAGGCUGUGGGUGACAGCUCCAGAUUUGAAAUACUGGAUAUUUCCUGGCUCACAGCCUGCAUGGAAAUGGGAAGACCAGUUGAUUUGGAAAAGAAGUAUCACCUUGUGGAACAAGCAGGACAGUAUCCUACUCUGAAAACACCUGAAUCGGAAGUGUCGUCAUUUACUGCAAGCAAAGUAUCCCAGUACUCGUGUCAAAGGAAGACAACAUUAAAUAACUGCAACAAAAAAUUCACAGAUGCCUUUGAGAUAAUGGCUGAAAAUUAUGAAUUUAAAGAAAAUGAAAUAUUCUGCCUGGAAUUUCUGAGAGCAGCUUCUGUGCUGAAAUCUCUUCCAUUUCCAGUAACCAGAAUGAAAGAUAUACAGGGGUUGCCUUGCAUGGGAGACAGAGUCAGAGAUGUUAUUGAGGAGAUUAUUGAAGAAGGAGAGAGUUCUAGAGCUAAAGAUGUGUUAAAUGAUGAACGAUACAAAUCAUUUAAGGAAUUCACUUCAGUCUUCGGAGUGGGAGUGAAGACAUCAGAGAAAUGGUUCAGAAUGGGUUUACGAACUGUGGAAGAGGUAAAAGCUGACAAGACCCUGAAGCUGUCAAAAAUGCAGAGAGCAGGGUUUCUCUACUAUGAGGACCUUGUUAGCUGUGUUUCUAAGGCAGAAGCAGAUGCAGUAAGCUCGAUUGUCAAGAAUACUGUGUGUACAUUUCUACCAGAUGCUUUAGUUACCAUAACUGGUGGUUUCAGAAGGGGUAAGAAGAUUGGGCAUGAUAUUGAUUUUUUGAUCACCAGUCCAGGACAAAGGGAAGAUGAUGAACUUCUGCAUAAGGUUGUUAACUUAUGGAAAAAGCAGGGCUUACUUCUGUAUUGUGAUAUAAUUGAAUCAACAUUUGUUAAAGAGCAGAUCCCAAGUAGGCAUGUUGAUGCCAUGGAUCAUUUUCAGAAGUGUUUUGCAAUUUUAAAAUUAUACCAGCCAAGAGUAGACAACAGCAGUUACAACAUGUCAAAAAAAUGUGACAUGGCAGAAGUCAAAGACUGGAAGGCAAUCCGUGUGGAUCUGGUCAUAACCCCCUUUGAGCAAUAUGCAUAUGCUCUGUUAGGCUGGACAGGCUCCAGGCAAUUUGGGCGUGAUUUGCGGAGGUAUGCUACUCAUGAAAGGAAGAUGAUGUUGGAUAACCAUGCCUUAUAUGAUAAGAGAAAGAGGGUCUUUCUCAAAGCUGGAAGUGAGGAAGAAAUCUUUGCACAUCUUGGCUUGGAUUAUGUCGAACCAUGGGAAAGGAAUGCUUAAAAUGAUUUGCCAGUGUACAUUCAUCAGUUGACAGCAGUGAUCCUUCUAACUGUCUUGCAGUCUGGUACAUUACAUGUAUCUCUGUGACAACUAAAAUUUAAGAAAAAUAUUUUGUUAGAAGCCCUUAUGCAUGUUGAUCUUCCUAGAAAAGAAAAGUUUGAGUUCUUCAGAAUCUUUUCCAGUCUUUUCAGUUUUAAUCUUUGAUGUGGGUUUUUUGUUGUUGUUGAUGUAGUUGUUUGUUGGUUUUUUGUUGUUGUGUGUGGGUUUUUUUUUUUUUUUCCUUCCAGGGGAAAACUUCUAACUGAUGAGAUUUUAGCUUGUAAUAGGAAUUUAAAAUUUCUGUGAAUAAUACAUGAUUGUUAAAAUACUGUCAGCUAUGGCAGUACCUAAAUAAUACAAAACAUUUCAGCUGAGUCCAGAAAUUACUGAAGUGGAUGUUUAGUGUUAGCUGAAUUUUUAAGUGUUUUGCUGCAUCCAUAUAGAAAAUCUCUAGUAUAUAGACCUAUAUAAAGGCUAUAAAGUUUAAAGACCUGAUUUAGUAUGGCAGUCUCAGCCAUGUGAGCCUCAGCUAUAAUAUUUAUCUCGUUGGGUCAGAACUCUACAAAAAUUGUAAUCAAGCUGAGAAUUCAGAUUUUAAAACAUUAUGCUGGAAGGGACUAUGGAAUGAAAGUCAAUUUAUUCAGUAGCAAUCUUCAGUUGUGAGGAGAAAUACUAUAAAUUUGUAGAACUAAUUUUGACUGAGGAAGAUUGUCCUUAGUUGGGAAUUUGAAUCAUAACCUACAUGAAAACAGCUGUUUUAACAGUCAGACUGGUGGCUGCUGUAGGGUGAAAGCUUUGAAUUUUUUUUUUAUGCUCAAUUUAUGUAGCUGAAAAUUUAGUUAUUUCUUAGUAGCUACGUAUGCACUGAUAUGAGAAGUUUACCUGGGAUAUUUGGCAAUUGGCUGUUCUAAAAUGGUAUUCCUUUUUUUUUUUUUAAUCAGAAAUUCAUUUUGGAUGUGAGAGCACUUUUCUGAUGAAAGUACUCCUUUGAAAUACUUUGGUUUUAGAAAGUUCCCAGAGGCUCCUGUGACUGUUAUGAUAAUGGAGAAUUUGUAAUACAUUCAUCUUUUAAUCAAGGAGGGCAUUUAGUGCUUUAGUACUUGAAGCUACUUACUGACCAUUUGUUUGUCAUUUGUAAAAUAAAGAUGAUUGAGAACACCA